UCACCAUACGAAUCAUGAAAAAAUCGUUGUCUUCUCUAAUUUUUAUCGGAAAUUUAUCGAAAACAGAUGUCAAAACACAGACAGCUGCCAAAACAAAGCAUGAAAAAUAAAUAAAGAAUAAACAAUUAAAGAUAAAAUGGAUGCAAAAGUUCAAAUGGUGAAGAAAAUAAUUAUGUCGAGGAGGUUGUUGGCCACAACUAGGGUGAGUGAAGAGGCAAAAGUAUGUUCCGCAGUAUUACGGCAUCUCCAGGAUAAGCAUUUGCUGCUUUUGGAGGAAUUGGAUCUUUUGUAUGCUUUGAACGAAUCACUUGGCUCCGAAAGAAGAUUAAUUUGGAAAAAAGAACGAACUCAAUCCUUCUUUGAGAAAGAUUGUCAGAAAGGAGAUGAAGUUUUUUUUAAAAACAACUUCAGAAUUAGCCGACAACUUUUUUAUAAAUUAUGCGAACUACUGCCAGAUCUGCGAAAAAGUGAUACAAAUAUGCGAGAAGCGAUACCAUUGGAAAAACGAGUUGCUAUAGCUCUAUAUGCUCUAGGGUCAUCUUCCGAGUAUCGCACAAUCGCAAAUAUGUUUGGCGUGGGAAAGGCAACCGUAUGCAAAAUAUUAUUGGAUUUUUGCAAUGAGGUCUGGAGAGUUUUGGCUCCAAUAUAUUUAAAAAACUUUCCGUUGACAGAAGACAAAAUUAAAGGCUUGGUGCAAGAGUUUGAAACAUAUGGAUUUCCCCAAUGUAUGGGAGCACUUGAUGGAUGUCAUAUUGAGAUUCACCCACCCAAGGAAGACGCUACAGACUACCACAACUAUAAGGGAUGGUAAUUAUCUAUAUACAUACUAUUUACA